UUUUGCCUUUCUUCGUCUUUCUACUUUCCAAGAGAUUAAUUGCUUUCUCUGUACAAGUAGUGUGUCGGUUUUCAUGCAAAUGGCUUUCAAUUCAACGGUCCUUACUGUCCUCAAAACCAUUGUUUGGUUGUCACUAAUGAGCAACUUUGUCAUAGUAUUAUCCGAUGCAAUUAAGACUGAAGAGAGUGAUAUUUAUUGCUUGAAAUCAAUUAAGGAUUCCUUGGAAGAUCCUUACGAUUACUUAGGCUCUUCAUGGAAUUUCGGCAACAGUAGUAAAGUCUUCAUCUGUGAUUUUACAGGAAUUGACUGUUGGAACGAUCACGAGAACAGGGCGAUGGGUAUCCGACUCCCAGACAGGGGACUCAAGGGUCAAUUUCCUCGAGGGAUCUCAAACUGCACCUCUUUACAAACUAUAGAUCUUUCAGGGAACAAACUUGUCGGAAUCAUCCCUUAUGAUAUCUGGCGAUUCCUCCCAUAUGUCGUUUCUCUCGAUCUUUCGGCCAACAGUUUCAGUGGUGAAAUUCCGCCCAGUAUUGCAAGUCUUAGGUAUCUCAAUAUCCUAAAACUUGAUGACAAUCGGCUCACUGGACAAAUCCCACAUGAGCUUGGCUUGCUGCCUCGCAUAAAUUCUUUUAGUGUUGCUAACAAUCUCUUGUCGGGGCCGGUGCCGGAUUUUGGUAGCACCUCUGUUACAACAGCUGAGAGUUAUGCAAAUAAUAAAGGACUUUGUGGGGGUCCUUUGAAGCGCUGCAAGGCUCCUGAUGCUUACGAUCAUGCUUUCUUCUUAAAUGGCUUCGCCGUUGGUUGUUCGGUUUCUACUGUUGUAGUUUUUGCUCUGACUUUGUUUUAUUUGCCCAUUGAUCCACUAUUAAAGAAGAUUAUGAGUAGCAAGAAGAAGAAAAGAAACCAACCGGUGGUUCAACUAAGACAAUGGCGCCCAACUGCAAUGAAUAGAGUUGAGGAUACCAAGAUUUCUAAACUGGAGAAGCUGGUUACUAGAAUAAGCUUCACAGAACUUGUGAAUACUACUGACAAUUUUAGAGAAGACAAUAUCAUCGGGUUGGGAAAGACAGGGAUAAUAUACAAGGCAGUUUUCCCAAAUGGUUCGAUCCUUGCCAUCAAGCGGUUCUUCAACUCACAACGCUCCAAACGACUCUUUAUGUCUGAGGUAAUGACUCUAGGUCGAUUGAGACACACUAAUUUAGUACCUCUAAUUGGUUUUUGUUAUGAAACAAUGGAAAAACUAUUGGUUUACAAAUAUAUGCCAAAUGGUAACCUCUAUGAUUGGCUACAUCCUCCGGCAAGCGAGCUCAAGAUCAUGAAAUGGCCUGUCAGGGUUAAAAUUGCUGUUGGGUUAGCAAGAGGGUUGGCAUGGCUUCACCACUACAACAGAAAACUCCAGGUAUUCCAUCAGAACAUAAGCUCAAAAUGUGUACUACUAGAUAAAAAUUUUGAGCCCAAGAUCUCUAAUUUUGGGAAGGCAAAGUUCAUGAGCCCGAACAAUACUGGUCUGGGUGGGAUCUCUGUCAUGAUUGAUCAAUUGUUGGAUCUGGGUUUUAAAAAGAAGGAUGUAUAUAGCUUUGGAGUUGUGCUUCUUGAGCUGGUUACAGGGAGGGAAACCUUUGACGCUUCUGCAAAUUCUGAUAGUACAUCUUUUUGUUUGCAUGAUGCAGUUGACAAUGCUCUAAUCGGGCUAGGAUUUGAUGAUGAGAUCUUUGAGUUCCUUAGUAUUGCGUGUAAAUGCAUUCAGUCGGUGCCAGAGCAGAGGCCAACAAUGCUAGAAGUGUACCAAACAAUGAGGGCCACUGGGGUGAAACAUGGGCUUGUGGACGAUUCUGUGAUGUGGAAUGAAACAAAAAUUGCUACUGCUAGUAGGGGAGAUAAUAGGGUAUACAAAAUAGGGCGAACAAGCCUAAUUCGAGGUUAAACCUUGUGUUGAUGUACUUAAUUUUUAAUACAAUAUUAAUAUUAUUAGGAGUACAACACAUAAUAAGUUGGUGGAGUUCU